AUGCGGGUGAAACGCUCACCAUUGUUCCUAUCUACGAAUAAACGAAAUUCAAGAAGUUUUUUGUAUCAUCCAAAUCUGGGUAUAAAUGUUGUCAAAAGGAGCAAUAAGUCAGUUAACAAAAAAAUACUUUCCAAUGAACAAAAGGAAAUAAUACAACUUUAUCCACAUAGCCUGACUCUACGUCGUCACGAAAACACAUCUGGUUGUCUCCUCCAGACAAUUACAUUGCCAACCAGUGGUCUUUUAUCAGCGGCUGUUGAUUCUUCCGAUAAAAUCACGCUUUUCUUCAAUGAUAGGUCCCUUUUAUUCUUUGUUCAUGAGAGCGACGUAAAGGAAUAUAUUAUUCCAGACGCUGGUUCAAUCAUACCUCUUCUGUAUGCUGCGUCCUCUUCUAGUCUCCAGUGUCACGUCCGGGUCGAACAGAACUCAAUAUACCUGGAUAUCUACUUAAAAGAAUCCUUUAUUUCUGAGACUUUUGAGUUAUCUUCCAAACCCAUAUCCGGUCAACAGUAUGAGAAGCUGCAUGACUUUAUCACAUUGUUGUGUAGCGGAAAUGUCAAUUUCCCUUCAUCUUGUAAAUUACUUGUGUAUGAACAUCAAUGCGAGACUCAACUUGAAUUUGUGAUAAUGUUAAAAUCUUUAUAUAAUAUUGCCCAAAUCCACCACAAGGAAACAAAAGUCUUUUGGGAUUCUCCCUCCCUUAACCCACAGCAUAAGAAUCUACUCACACUGCUGCGUCCUUAUCAAUGCGAUGCUGUUAAGUGGAUGCAUUAUCAAGAAUGCAACGGGUUUUCAUUGGAAGAUGACGUGUUGCAGAGAAUGUUCAUUAACAUUGAGUUGCCAAAUGACAAAAAUGUGCUCUAUUUUUGUCUUUACUCUGGACAAUUUACCAAACAGUUACCGGCAAUUGAGUACACCGGUUCCGGUGGGAUUUUGGCGGAUGAAAUGGGACUUGGGAAGACUUUGGAAGUUAUUUCUCUAAUUUUAAACCACCCUUUAAGUGAUUGGGGGGAACACGCGGCGUGUGUACAAUAUAAUCCGAAAGAAUAUAUAAAUCGCCUUCCAAUUAAAGUAGGAUAUGUAUGUCCAGAGUGUUGGACCAAGGUUCGAAUAUAUUCAAAAGCUACGCUGAUUAUCUCCCCUGAUCAUAUUUGGCAACAAUGGAAAGAAGAGUUACAGACACAUGUCUCAUCUGAUGCAUUACAAGUAUUAAUUUAUGCCGGUAUGGAGGCUCCUGUGACAUGUGUUGACCUUGGAAUUCGUGGAUCUGUUAAAGAGCAGGGAAACACAAAUCCUUUUGCUUUACGUACCCAUGUUUCUGCAAAAGUUGUUUCGGAGGAUAAAAUUCAUGAAAAAACAAUUCUCCCUGGUUUUGUUCAACCGGCUCAAUUAGCAUGUGCCGAUGUUGUACUUACAUCGUACUCUGUAGUUCAACGUGAAUUAGAUUGGGCUGAAGUUGUUGCAAGUCGUCAGUCUGGCCAUGGACAUAGGCCAAAAUUGCGUUUAACUCAACGCUAUCUUUGUCGCCCUAGUCCACUUACUUGUGUUCGUUGGUGGAGGAUUUGUUUAGAUGAAGCACAGAUGGUGGAACGUGUCACAUCGAAAACUGCUCGAAUGUUAUCACAAAUCACUGCUGUUAAUAGAUGGUGUGUUACUGGUACACCAGCUGAAAAAAGCAUAGAUGACUUUUUUGGACUAUUCGCUUACCUUCGAUUGACACCGUAUUCUUUUUCACAUUACUGGAAUAGUUUGUUAUACCAACCAUUUCUUGCUGCAUGCUCUACAUCCUGGGGCAAAGAAACAUUGGAUUCUGAAAAUGAUCUAAAGCCUGAAAUGGAUAAUUCAUUCAUUGAUGAUGCACUUGUUGCUAGGACUGAUUUAGGAAAAAUUAUUAGUAGAAUUUUAUGGAGAAAUACUAAAUCACUUGUAGGUGAUCAGCUUACCAUACCUCCACUUACUGAACGAACGCAUUGGAUAACGUUCACUCCUGUUGAACGAUACAUACAUGAUCGUGUGUUAGCACAAUCAGCUGGUGCAUUAGGACGUUUAGUUCAAACAUUGUCACUUUCACCUGAUGAACCAUUAUGCAGUUUACCUACAGAUGCACACUCUCGUUUAGUCAAUUUAAUCACUCGACUACGUCAAGCAUGUACACAUCCUAGUCUUGUUGUUGCUAAAAAUAAUCAAACAAGACGUGCACAUUCUGUAACACUUGCUAAUAUGGUAUGUGUAGGCGUUAACGAAGAGGAUCAAUACUCUGAUAGUGUUCCUACUGUAUCUGGUGCACAAGGCCAUCGUAAUCUAGGCGCUGGAUGUUUUACCAUGACUGAAGUUAUACGUCGAGUUGUUGAUGAAACGAGAAGAGAAUGUGAAGGACUUUUACGUACCUGGGUAUUCGAUAAAAAUGGUGCUGCUGGUUGUUUCAUUAUCAAAAAUAUGUUAGUUCAAGCUGCAGACUGUUACAGAGAUGUAUUACGUUCCACUGAAAGUCUCGAAAGACAUGGCAUUCUUGCUGAUUGGAGUCAACGACUUCAUUCAGUAACAAAUUUACACUGGUUAAUUGAAACUAAACAAGUUCCACUAUUAGAUGAACCUUUACCUGUUCUAUCGAAUAAACCACCACCGUUAUUACAAAAUGCUUCAUGCUCUGUUGUUCCAAUCAAUAAUCAAAAAUGUGAAGGGUUUAGUCUUGAAGGAUUAGAUCCUCGUGUGGAUAGAGAUCUACAGGCUAAAGCUGAACGCAUGCGAACUGCAUAUAUUCAAACGCAUUCUCAAUUACUCGCCAAAGUACGUGACAGCUUAGAUCCAAUUGUAAAACAAUUAGAUGAUGAAUUCGAUUAUCAUAGAAGAAAUAGAACUAGUGAUCAGCUAACCGAGAAAAUGGCAGCUAUAGACGCUGGAGGAUGGCUUAGUUGGCUUACAGAAGCCGUAGAUUUCCUUAUUGCUUCAGGUUUAGGCAACAGCUUGAUUGAUAUGCUUAUAGCAAGUUUUCAAAGUACACCAAAUGUGAAUCGAAGUGGAUUCAGAACAACUCUUCUUCAUGCUGGUUCUGCGAUUAGUUUCAAAGCUAUGCUGUUAACUGAACUAGGCGAAGUUUUCACAACACGUGAGCGAAUGAGAAUAGCUAUGAAACCAAUGGAUGAUACAUGGACGUCUUUUAUUAAUGGUCAUGAAGUUGAUCAAAAUAUUCUACAACCAUUUUAUCAAUGUUGUGCUAGACUUUAUGAUACAGAUGAUGAAAAUAAACGAAAAGAAGAGAAAAAGAAGACUAAAGCUAAAUCAUUAGAGGAGAAAACAAAAAAAUCUCAGCCUAAUGGUACUACUCCUGGGAAUCGUCGUUCACCAAAGAAAACACAUUGUGCUUAUUGUAUUGCUUUAAGAGCCCUACGGGAUUAUCAACGUGCACUAAACCAUGAACGUGAAAAAUCUAUCCCUCAUCGUCCAACUAUCUAUGAAUUUGAUGUUGAUGAUAAUUCAGAGACAUUAGAGAGAUCAUCUACUGCUAUGGCCGCUAUAGAAGCAGCAGGAACUGGUCUUAUUUUAAAUAAUCCAUUAGUUAUGUCAUUGUCUAUUGUAUGCCAACAACUCUCCAGACUUUUAUCAAAUACUCCUGCAAGUGAAUUACCAUUUUCAAAGAUUUAUUAUCAAGCAAAAGCUAAACGUCUAGAACAAUUAAUACGUUUAAUGGGAAGAGAGAUAUUAUUAACAAGUCGUACACAAUCUGUGACCAAAGAAUGGUGGAAUAUACACGAUGAUACUGAACAGUUUGUUGUUCGCCUGCAAUCAACAUCCCCUACAGAUUUAGCAUUUAUUCAUCAAGAGGAGGUUGAUCGCCAACUAUUUGAUUCUUUAGUUGAAGCUGAUGUGAUAUGGCCCCGACUACAGUCUCGUCUUGGUCAUUAUAAUUUUCUGCGCAACGCUUAUUUGUCAGCAGUGACUGGUUUAUCUACAGAUGAAAAUAAUCCAAAUCCUAGUGAACGGACAAGAAGUCGUCCAAUUGAAUGUCCUACCUGUUUUCAACCACAUUCUGCAAAAACACCAACGUUUGUUUUACUACCGGGUUGCUGGCAUAGUUUAUGCCUAAAUUGUCAUCAUCGUAUAGCUACAAUGAGUGAAAUUGCUCAACGACGUUGUCCUAUCUGUCGGACACCAUUUGAAUCAAAAGAAAAUACAGGUAUGAAUGCUCGACGUCGACGACCUUUAACACUUAUUCACUAUGGUGGUAAUGAAACAAAGCAAGAAAAUCAAAUGAAAUCUGAAGACAUCGAAGAAGACUUGAAUAUAGUGGGUGAUCAUAGCACAAAAGUGAGAGCUGUUAUACGAUGUUUAAAAGCGAUUAAACGUGAUGAUCCAGAUGCUAAAGCUAUUGUUUUCAGUUCUUGGUUAGCAGUCCUAGUAACAUUAGCUGAAGCAUUAGAUCAAAAUGGUUUAUCUUAUACAACUUUAUUCCAUGCACGUGAUGCAUGUUGCCCUGGAAGGUUAGCUGGUUUUCAGUGUUUUGGUUCAACAACAUGGAUACUUUUAAUGCCUGUUCAACUCGGUGCAAAUGGUUUAAAUUUAACUUCAGCAAAUCAUGUACUAUUUAUUGAUCCAGUGCUAUCACAUGCAAGAGAAGCGCAAGCAAUUGCUCGAAUACACAGAAUUGGACAAACAAGACCUGGAAUUGUUCAUCGUUUCUUGGUUAAAGAUAGUAUUGAAGCCACUCUACAUUCAUCACAUUGCCGUAAUACAAAAGUUGGUCCGUAUAAUUUAGAUACAGAGUGUAUGAUUGGCGCUGGUACAAAACGAACUUGUUCUACUGCUUUGGGAGUUGCUGGCCCUAGUGAAGAUAGAGAACAAUUAAUGAGUAUGACAAUUGGACAGCUUACUGAAUUAUUACACUGUGAUUGUGAUACAGCUAUGCUAACAGAUGAAAUGAAAUUGCCAUCAUUUUCUUUUAUAUAA